ACUUUGGGUUUCCUAAAAGACCAAGGGAGCUGCAGCUCCAUACAUACAAAUGUCCCUGGCUGUGCUCGUGAUCCGGCUUACGGUUUACCCAGAGCAAUCUCAGCAUUCGUUCCAUCUGACCUAAUUGAUACUCAACUUGACAAUCACAAUGACUGUCAAUUCGACAACCUCAGUCAACCCAGCAGAGGAAAGAUUGACCGAAAUAAAAGACCAAGGUAGCAGUUUUCCUCUCUGGCCAACGUCGAAUCAACAGUACCAGCCCGUGCAUGUACAAAGCAAAUCGUUAUGUCAAGAAGACAAGUCCGAGCCCAGACGAGACGACUCCGAGAGUCACCAGGGACUGGCAGAUGCAGCGAGGAAAGUGCUGCAACACAUUGGUGAAGAUCCUGAUCGGGAAGGGCUGGUCAAGACCCCCGACCGAUACGCCAAAGCUCUUCUCUUCUUCACCAAGGGGUAUUCCGAGGAUGUCAACGAGGUGGCCAACGAUGCCGUGUUUGAGGUGGACCACCAUGAUCUGGUUCUCGUCAAGGAUAUCGACAUCUUCAGCAUGUGUGAGCAUCACAUGGUGCCAUUUAUGGGAAAGAUCCACAUUGGAUAUAUCCCCAAUGGCCGUGUUCUGGGACUGUCCAAACUGGCACGGAUUGCAGAAGUCUUCGCACGCCGAUUGCAAGUUCAGGAGCGUCUCACGCAGCAGGUGGCCGAUGCGAUUGAACAGGUGCUCCAACCAAAGGGGGUGGCAGUCGUCGUCGAAUGCACCCACAUGUGUAUGGUGAUGAGGGGAGUCCAAAAGACGGGGGCAAUGACCAUCACGUACAGCAUGACUGGAGUGUUACAGGAUGACCACAAGGCAAGAGAGCAGUUCUACACAUUACUCAGAUUGGGUCAAAGAUAGUUUUCGCU